AUGGCAACCACUCCUGCUGCUGCCUUUCAGGUCCUUGUGAAUGGAGUGACAAGCUGGAAUAUCCCCCCAGAGCCCCUCCCUUCUGAACUCCUUCUCAUUGGAGAAGCCACCUUCCCAGUGAUGGUGAAUGAUGAGGGCCGUGUGGUCAUUGCAGCCUCCUCCUUUGCCCAAGGCCGCCUCGUGGUCGUGGCCCAUGAGGAGUACCUGAUUCAUGCUCCCUUGGCUCCAUUUCUUGUCAAUGUUGUGUCCUGGCUCUGUCCCUCCCCUGAAGCCUCCAUUGGAGUGAACCCCUCCCUGGAGUCACUAGUAAAACUCCUGCAGGACUCUGGGGUUAAGGCACAGGUUGAGUCGGAGCCGGGAGAGUCCCUGGGGGUUUACUGCACCAAUGCCUACGAUGACAGCAUGACUGAGAAGCUGAUCCAGUUUGUAAAACGAGGAGGGGGCCUGCUCAUCGGGGGUCAUGCCCAGAGUUGGGUUGAGAAGCAUGGCAGUGAUAAGGUGCUCUCUGAGUUCCCUGGAAACCAAGUGACAAGCGUGGCUGGCGUGUACUUCACAGACUCCAGUGUGGACAGAAGGCAGUGGGUUGUCUCUGAGACGCUGCCCACCAUCUCAUUCCAUGUCACGUGCGGGGAGAACUUCGGGCAGGAUCAGAAGCAGCUCCUGGAAGGCAUCACGGAACUGAACCUCAACAGAGGGGGAAUCCCCUCAUACCUGCUGGUGCACGGGCCCCUGGCCUUUCCCCUGGGGCUGGACAGCUCUCUAAACUGCUUUCUAGCAGCUGCCCGCUAUGGCCAUGGUCGGGUGGUGCUGUGUGGCCAUGAGAGCAUGGUAUUUGAAAGCACCAUGGAAAAGUUUUUGAUCAAUGCUGUACGCUGGCUGAAAGGGCAGCAGAAGGGGAAGGUUGGGGUGAGUCCACAAGUGAAAGCUCUGGGCAACUUGUUAACAAAAUACAACGUGGAAUGGACCAGCACCACCCUUCCGACCCGCGACUUGAGUGUCUACUGCUGUGCCUCACUCCAUAACGUGAAUGCCAGGAAGGUGGAGGACUUUGUUGCAGAAGGUGGAGGGAUACUGACAGGCAGCCAGGCCUGGUACUGGAGUUAUCAGAACCCAGAUUCCAACUAUAUGAUUGACUAUCCAAGUAACGGGUUCCUUAAGCGUGUUGGUCUUGCCAUUACAGUGGAAUCAGGCAAUAAAGGCAUCUUCCCAGUCCCUAAGCCAGAGAUGUUGAAUUACCACAUCCGAAAAGUUCUACCCCAAUUUGAAUCCAUGCUGUUCAACAAGGGAAAGGUGUUAGAGAAGAGCUGGCUGGAGAAGCUAAAAAAAGAUAUCUCCAAUAUGUUUCGAAUCCCACACAAUGGGAUUCCCAUCUAUGAGUCCGUGCACCAAAACAUCCUGAAAAUGAUCAAUCAAAAGGGCUUGCCCACUGUGAAUAAAGAAAACCCCAUCAGCAGGGCCAGCCCUCAGGAUCUCCUGAUAGCCUGGGGCCGAGAACUCUUCAAAUCUGGAACGCCCAUCUCUCUCUUGGUUGGUGAUAACUCCCCUCUCCCUUCCACGGAAUCUCCUGUCAGCAUUGAGAUCACCACAGACAACAGAGAUUCCUGGGUAAGCACAGGACUCUACCUACCUGAGGGACGAACUGCAAAAGUGACAGUGCCCGAGAACGCUGUGGCUGCAAAACUGAAGGUACAGAUUGGCUGCCACACAGAUGACAUAGGAGCAGCGAGCACCUACUACCGCCCCCCUCUGAUGACAUACCAGUACUACUUAAAUGAAACAAACAAAAGCAUUUCCUGGCUCUGGGGAGGCCUCCUCUACAUCCUUGUGCCCCCAAACUAUAACCUGGACACUGUGCAGGUCACCAUCAGUGGGGCAGUGCGGGCUCCAUACUUCAAGCUGGGGAAGACGUCCCAGGAGGAGUGGAAGCACUCUCUGCAAGGAAAUCCAGCUCCCUGGGGUGAGCUGGCCACAGACAACAUCAUCCUGACGGUGCCGUCUGAAAACCUCAAGUCUGUAAAUAAUCCAGAGUCUCUGCUCCAGCUCUGGGAUGAGAUGAUGCAGGCUGCAGCCAAGUUGGCGUCUGAGCCUUUCCCCUACCACAGGCCAGAGAGGAUCGUUACUGACGUGCAGAUCUCAGUAGGUUUAAUGCAUGCUGGAUACCCCAUCAUGGGCCUACUAGCAGUAGUGCCUGGGGUCAUUGAUGAGGAGAGAAUAAGGAGGUCUGGCGUUUGGGGUCCCCUCCAUGAGGUGGGCCACAACUUCCAGCGAUCUCCGUGGAUGUUCUAUCCCCACACUCUGGAAGCCUCCUGUAAUCUCUGGGCUAUCUAUGUGCAUGAGAAGAUUCUAGGCAUCUCCAGAGACAGGGCUCACAAAGCUCUGAGGCCUGCAAAUCGGGAGCAGAGGAUCAAAAUGCACAUGGAUAAGGGAGCCCCUCUGAGUAACUGGGAAACCUGGACAGCUCUGGAAACAUACCUUCAGCUCCAGGAGGCCUUUGGGUGGGACCCAUUCAUCCAGCUCUUUGCUGACUACCAGGUCAUCGCUAAGUAUCCCAAUGACAACGCCGGAAAGAUGAACCUAUGGAUGAAGAAGUUCUCUGAAAUAGUGCAGAAGAAUCUGGUUCCUUUCUUUAAAGCCUGGGGCUGGCCGAUCCAGAAGGAAGUGGCUGAUGGCCUGGCCCACCUGCCAGAGUGGGAGGAAAAUCCCAUGAAAGAGCAUGUCAGAGACACCCUCUGA